GUUCAGCCAGUGUGUCCUCUUUUGCUUCACAUCAAACACCCGGCUGAUUUCAAAGCAACAUUGUCUCUCUCCGUACUUAAUUGUAGCUGGAGUAUUAAAUUUUUUUGCCUUACCCGUCUUUCUCCUUUCGGGUCAAACAAUCAUCGAUCAAUACUAUUCGCAUCCAAACUUCCCUCGACCUGACAUCCCUUCGUAACAAUGGUCCUCCUCAAGAGCCUCGUGCUCACCGGCCUGACGGCCGUCGUGGCCGCCAAGUCGGCGGUCAUGGAUCUGAUCCCCUCCAACUUCGACAAGAAUGUUCUCGACAGCGGCGUGCCCACGCUCGUUGAGUUCUACGCACCGUGGUGCGGCCACUGCAAGAACCUGGCUCCCGUCUACGAGGAGCUUGCCUCCACCCUCGAGUUCGCAAAGAGCAAGGUCCAGAUCGCCAAGGUCGAUGCCGACGCCGAGAAGGACCUCGGCCGCAAGUACGGCGUGCAGGGCUUCCCCACGCUCAAGUUCUUUGACGGCAAGAGCAAGGACCCAGUGGACUACAGUGGCGGUCGUGAUCUCGAGUCCCUGCAGAACUUCAUCGCCGACAAGACGGGCGUCAAGCCGAAGAAGAAGGUCGAGAAGCCAUCGACUGUGACUUGGUUGACGGAUGCCAACUUUGCCAAGGAGAUCGGUGGCGACAAGCAUGUCUUUGUUGCGUUCACUGCUCCAUGGUGCGGACACUGCAAGAACUUGGCUCCUACGUGGGAGCAGCUCGCCAACGACUUCGAGAACGAGUCCGAAGUGCUGAUCGCCAAGGUCGACGCCGACUCCGACGGCAGCAAGGCGACCGCUCAGGCACAGGGCGUCACCUCAUACCCAACCAUCAAGUUCUUCCCCGCCGGUAGCAAGGAGGCCGAGCCCUACAACGGUGGCCGCUCCGAGAAGGACUUUGUUGCGUUCCUGAAUGAGAAGGCCGGCACACACCGUGCUGUGGGUGGUGGUCUCGAUGCCACUGCCGGGCUGAUUGAUGCCCUGAACGUCGUGGUUGACAAGUUCAGCGCGGGCCAGGCCGUCCUGGCCGAUGCCGCUGCCGAGGUCAGCAAGGAGGCUGCGGUCUUGAAGGAGGGCGCCCAGGCUAAGUACGCCGAGUACUACGUCAAGGUCUUCGACAAGCUGAGCAAGAACGACGACUAUGCUUCUAAGGAGCUGGCGCGUCUUGACGGCAUUCUGAAGAAGGGCGGCCUGGCGCCGUCCAAGCUGGAUGAGUUCACUGUCAAGUCGAACAUCCUGCGCCGGUUUGUCGAGAAGGUCAAGGAGGUCAAGGACGAGCUGUAAAUGAAGCUGGGGCAAAUCCGGGAUAGUGAGGUGUCACAAAUAGCUGCAUAGGAUGGAAAAUCGCACGGAAAUCGAUUUCUGACAAUCAUGAAUGGGACUUUGGUUGGAAGCGUGUAAGAUACAUAGGAGAAGCAUGAAUGAGAUUUUGCAUGGGAACACUUGCUAUGUUUCGUGACUUCGUGAUAUGUGACCGGGCUGAGCGUUUUAUCAGUGUCGAGUGCUCAUAGCCGACUGGAAUCUAUGUACUGGGUCUCAUCCGUCAAACUAUACUGGUGUUAAUAGUAUCAGGUCUCGUGACAAUUCCCCUUCAUCCCCUGGGUUACGACGGUUUCGAGCUUGCGUCCCGGUCGUUAUUCGCAGCCAGCGUCGCCUCCAAGCUGUCGAUUCUCCGUGACAUCUCAUCCAUCUUUGCAAAGAUCUCGCUGGAUACACCGGCAAACUUGUUGGACAAGGUGUUCAGGAGGUCAUCCAGUUGCUGUGUCAGCUCGGCGCGAGCAUCAUCUGGCGGAGCAGAGGUUGUUUGUGAAUUAGACUCGCUGUUGUUGGAAGACAUCUUGACCGUCCCGAGGUGCGCGCUCUGGCGCUUUCUUUGUCUCUUCCUUCUUUAUGGUGUCUGUUUUUAAGAACAGCUUUGCGCCUUGGUGGUAAUGAUUGUGAAUGGAGUCGUCU